AUGACGCUAGCAUCUGACAUUUUGACGCCUGUAGUUGAAAUACCAAAGAAUUCAUUCAUUGCCAGUAGAUUAAUCUAUGAGGACCCUGAAACCAUCACUAAUUCUUCAAAAUGUAUCUUAUUAGGCACAAUACCUCAUAUUUGGCUGGACGAUCAAGGUCCUGGUGUAUUAUCACAAGCAUCGUUUCGUGCUAAAAGGAAGGUGAAGCAAAGGUUUAGAAGUGCCACCAAUACUAUUAAUAGCACGUUGGCAUUGAAUUUCAAGUCAUCAAAUACAGCAACCAGUUCAGAUUCAACCCAAGAUACACUCAAUGUAUUUCUGGCAGAUAUAAUAGAUGCAGAAUCAGAUACGUCAACGGAAUCGCUGCUGUUAAUGACUCCUGAAAUAGAUCUUGAACCAAAGGUUAAACCCCAUAUACCAAGUUAUCUCAAAUAUAUCAAACAAUCAUCAAUAAGCAACGUUGUUAAUGAUACUGUCUCCCAUCACGAUAAUGAAUCAUUAUUACCCCGUUUACUCGUCCAUGAAGAUAACUUAUCAGUAUUACCUACUCGAUCAACUUCAAGUCGUUUAACUUCAACUGUUCCUACUCCAGAACAUUUCAUUGAUGAUGAUUAUGUUACGGAAGAUUCAUCAGCUAAAAGAGAACGACUUAACUUUAUGCUGAAAUUACAUAAUUUUUCAUCAACAUCAAGACGAAAAGCUAAAGAUAAAUCAAGUAGAAUCAAGGCAAAAAUUCACCAAAAUUUAUUAAAAAAUUAUGAAGCAGGUGAAAUCUUUAAAGUAGAUAAAGUAUUAACAUUAAUCAAAUUUGUCGAAAAAUCUAAUCUCAUGUCUUCAUUUAAUGAAGAUGAGCCUUGUGAUUCGAGAAUAUAUGAAAGAAGAAAAGAAUGUAUUAUCAUGUUAAGAAGAGGACUUAAUACUCAAUCUCCUAUUAUUGUACAAAUGUAUGAUAUUCAUCUGGUUUCCCAUGAAAGUAAAAAAGAUCCUGAUUUUUCAUUCCCAUUAUUGGAUAUUGUGGGAGCUCAUUAUUAUAGUGAAUUUGAUAAGUCGGUGUAUUUAUCAAUGCCACAAGAAAAUGGAGUUCUUAUAUUCAUUUUGAAAUUUCAUGAUACAUUUGCAGCUACAAGUUGGUUAUAUUUUAUAAAGCAAGCUUUGGGUCAUGAAUUGGAUCUGAUAUUUCAUAUUAAUUUACCUGAUUUAAAACUUUCAUUAGAUAUAGAAAUUCCCAAACAUGUUAUGGAAGAGUAUACCUCACCAUCGCAGAAGAAACAUACCACUCUUAAACGUAUUGAUAAUGAUUAUCGGGUUGGGUAUGAUCCAAUUUUCGAAUAUCUAAUUGAUUUCAUUAAUAGAGAACUUUGUAAAAUGGGGUUUGAAACAUUGGUAAAAGAAACUAAACGAUUCUGGUUUUGUUUUCGUCAUUAUGAUAGAAUUGAUUGGGUUCAAAAUAAUAGUGAAUUGUUUUUCAUGCAACAUCAGAUGUUAUCUAGUAAAUUUCAACUAGAAUUAAGAAGUAUUGGUAUAAAUUCUGAGCAAGAUGAACUACUUGGAACUGAACCAAGUUCGAUCGAAGGUUUCCUUGUUAGAUUGACUAAUACUGCCGGAAAGAAGAAAAGUUUUUUAAGAUCAUUUCAUAAAAUUCUGUAUUUCUAUACUUGUGAUCUGCUUCUUUUCUUCACAAAAUAUUAUCGUGCUGUACCACCAUCUCCCGAUAAUAUAUUUAUGGAAUCUGAAGAGUCUUAUGAAAGAGUUGCUCAUACCAUUCCUGAAAUUUAUCAGCAUUCACCUUGUGAUAUAAAUGUUGAUGAAAAUGGAAAACUUCCUUUUAAAAAUAAAGAUGAAUUCAUUCAUAAAGAUGAGAUAGCAUUAACUGAAUUAGGGAGAAGAUCGCUGCAACUUAUUAAAGCAGAAGCGAUGAUAGAUUUAUCCCUUGUCAAAGAAAUCAGAUCAAUACCUAUGAGUAAGAUAACAGGAACUCAAAAAUUAUUAAUGUGUGUAUUAUAUUACUCAGAUUCAAGUUUAGUUGAUAAAGAGCUGAUUGUUGAUUCAGGGUUUGAAAUUGAAAUGACUAAUGGUAGUGUUUUACGAUUACAAGCUCCAAGUUGUUGUGUACGAGAUGAAUGGGUUAAACGACUUAUUGGGUUAUGUAAGUAUUGGAAAUUAUAUAAACGAAAUCAAUUAGAGAAGGUUGUUGUCAUUAGGAAAAUGAAUCAAGAAUCCUUACAUAUAGAUGAAUAUGGAGAUUCUAAUAUUGAUCGAGAAGCAAAUGAUCUUGAUUUUGCUCGAUCGUAUGCUGAUCCUACAAUUCAUGGAUUUGAAGCGAUUUCUAUUAAUAAAUGUAUUUUAAUAUCAGGAUACUUGUUUCAAAAAUCCAAAAAGCAUUCUAAUUUUAAUCAAUUUUAUGUGAUUUUAUGUCCUGGAUUUUUAGUUUUAUUUUCGAUAUUUCGUCGAUCUAAAAAAUCAGGAACAUGGAAACAAACGGCAUCAUUUGAUCAUUUCCUUACUAUUCCUAUUUCAAGUUGUUAUCUAUAUUCUGGUAUUUCUACGAGUAUUGAUUUAUUAGAAAGACUGAAAGAGAUUCAACCUCAAAAUCCUGAACGUCAUUCACUUCCUCGACUUUAUCCUGAUGGAUGGAAAUCAUCCGAAGAAGAACAGAUUCGAUGUUUUACUUUAUGGUUUGGAAGUAAACGAGGAAUAAUGGGAUAUGAAAAGGCUAUAUCGAAAUAUAAUCCUGAGGAUAGAAUUAAAAUUGGAUCGUUUGAUAGUUCAGAGAAGAAUCCGAAUUUAGCUAAAUUGGUCCUGAAGGUAGGUUUAACUGGUCGAAGUAUUGUCUUCAUGGCUCGAUCCAGACAAGAGAGGGAAAUGUGGGUUUCAAAAAUCCAAUCUGAAUUAGAUCGAAGUGUGAAAGUAUCUAAUUAA